AUGGCGUCGAAGAAGUAUUUCAAGCUUGUGUUGAGAUCUGAUGUAAAGGAACCGCUUCUUCGGCGUCUGAAUGAUAUGAAUGUUACGAUUCCUAAGAAUAUUGUAUUUGGAAAAGAGUUGGAAAACCUAAAGAGAGGCAAAAAACUGAUUCAAAUCGAUCUGAAGAAAGCGGAGGGAAAAGACAUUUUGAAGAGAUUAUGCCAAACAGCGGAUGUACUCAUCGACACAUUCAGACCCGGAGUUAUGGAGAAACUGGGUUUAGGGCCAGAGGUGUUGACGCCACUGAACCAGCGUUUGAUUUACACGCGAAUCACUGGUUUCGGACAAACGGGUUAUUUGUCGCAAAAGGCCGGACACGACAUCAACUAUUUGGCCAUUUCGGGCAUUCUGUCGAUGUUAGGCACACCCGAGAGACCACUUCCGCCCAUCAAUGUGUUGAGCGAUUACGGGGGCGGAGGACUGAUGGCAGCGCUGGGCGUAUGUCUGGCCCUUUUCGAGAGGAGCAAAUCAGGAAGAGGUCAAGUGAUUGACUGCAAUCUGACUGAAGGCGCGUCAUAUCUAUGCCAAUGGAUAUGGGAGUCAAUGGACGACAACUAUGGUAUGAAAGGCAUUGUUUGGCGCCAACCGACGGAACGGAUGGGCAAUAUGCUGGACGGCGGCGCCCACUUCUACCGGUGCUAUAGGACUCUGGACAAUANGGAUAUGGGAGUCAAUGGACGACAACUAUGGACUCUGGACAACAAAUUCAUGGCAGUGGCCGCACAGGAGUGGAAGUUUUACGAGCAAUUUAUCAACACUUUAGGCCUCGAUAUUAAUGAUUACGAGAGAAAUGAGUUACAAAAUUGGGGCCAAUUGUCCGAUAAAAUUGCGGCCGUUUUUGCCACUAAAACCCAGAAAGAGUGGACAGAGAUGUUCGACAAAGUGGACUGUUGUGUGACACCAGUGCUCGAUAUGCAGAGCGCUCACCAAUACAUCCAUAAUAGGGAUCGCAACUCGUUUUUCCCGGACGGUAGGCCCAGACCGGCGCCCAUUCUGUGCCGAACUCCGGCCAAACCCGUUGCGAGUGAUAACGAUGUGAACGACUGUUUGCACACAAAACAAGUGCUUAUGAAAUAUGGAUACUCUGAACAAGACAUCAAACAAUUGACGGCCAAUAAAGUUAUUACUGUAGAAAAUACGUCAAAAUUGUAA